UACAAGAGCAAAACAACAAUAGACUCGCACAAAAUUACAAGAGCAAAACAACAAUGCUGCUAUAACUUGACUGAACUUCUGAACACAGAUUAAUUAUAAGCGACUAAAAAAGGUAUGAAGCGUGAAUCCUUUUUCGUCUUCAGAAAGCCCACGUCAUACAAAGUUUUCCUUCCUUAAAUGAUCAAAAAUUAGAUCUCACCCAUCUCCCAAUUCAAGUUUGUCCAGAAGGUUCUCUAUUAUACAAGCCAUACGAUUAAGAGUUUAGUAUGAUAUUAUAAUCUCACGGCCAAAACCUCAUCACAUCACCAAAUAGGAAUUUGUCCCGACACAUUACUCGUGCCACGUUUUCCGAUGGCAUACUGUUAGGUAAAGCAUGAUUCAUCGCUCUCGGACUUAUCAGAGAGCUCUAAUUCCGAACCUAAUCCAUGAAAUUUUAUAAUCUCAUAAUCGUAAAAGGAAAAAACUGAAAACCCCUCAUUAAUUCUGUUUCUUUGGGAACAGCGCCUGCAAAUUCAAAUAUCCGACCCACAAUACACAGAUGUAGGGUUUUAUUUUAUUUAUUUCACAAUUUUCAGUCUCUGAAACAACCAAAAAAAAUGAGAGUCAUGGAGGAAGAACAACCAGAAGAAGGGAAGAAUUCAGUGGAAGAAGAAGAGAACAGUAAGUCAACGCCGAUUUUUAUGUAUAAAGAAGAAAUAGAAGAAAUAUUAGGGUAUAAGUUUGUGAACAAAACUUUAUUAGAAGAAGCAUUUACACAUCCAUCAUUUUUCGAUCCAAGGGUUAGUAUACAACCAUGUAUAAACUAUGAACGUCUUGAAUUUGUUGGAGCUGCUGUUCUUGAUCUGGUUAUAGCUAAAGAGAUGUUCAUAUUAUACCCAAGAUUUUCUCCUGGUAAAUUAAGCAGGCUUAGAGCAGCAAAUGUGGAUAUGGAGAGACUUGCUAGAGUUGCUAUCAAGUUUGGUUUACAUCGUUAUAUCCGGUACAAGAAGACUUUUCGCAUCGAUGAACAGAUUAGAGAGUUUAGUGAAGCAACAGUGGAAUACCCAGUGAACUCAAAUGGGCUUAUCUAUGUCCCAAGAUUCUUAGCCCAUGUUGUGGAAGCAAUUUUUGGUGCUGUUUUCAUCGACUGCAAUUCCUCAAUGGACAUCACCUCCUCAUUCCUCACUGUUAGAAAGAUAAUUAAAGACUUGUUAGAGCCUCUGGUUAGUCCUGAAACCAUAGAGGAACAUCCAAUGACUGAACUACAAGAGUUUUGUCAAAAGAACAAACUGAAGUUAAAGAUUGUCAAGGACUUGAAGAUCAAAGAGAACAAAAAGGUUAGUGUGCUUGUGAAUGAUACUUUAAUAGGGAUUGGAACUCACGGGGGUAAACAAGAAAUUGCACAGAAUAGAGCAGCUAGAUCCGCCAUAGAUAACCUUAGAAGCAACAAUACAUUUAGCUUUGUCUUUAAGCCUUUCGAAAAAAGAGUAGGAUUCCUGAAUCAGGAAGAGGAACCUGAUCUUGAAGAAGAAGAAGAAGAGGAGGAUCAUGAGAAUCAUUUGCCCGAUAUUGAUUGGCUGCUGAAGGUAUAUGAAGUACAAAAGAUUUUAGGGUACGAGUUCAAUGAUAAAAGUUUGUUAGCAGAAGCUUUUACACAUCCAUCCUUUUACGAUGGUGAUGAUGAACGCGAUAUAAACUCAGUGUACAAGAAAAUUUCCUAUGAACGUCUUGAAUUUAUUGGAGAUUCAACACUCAAUAUGUUAAUAGUCAAGGAGAUGUACAACUUGUAUCCUGACUUGACCCCUGGGCGAUUAACUCGCAUUACUGCUGCCAAUGUUGACAAUGAGAAGCUUGCUCGAGUCGCUAUAAAGUAUGGGUUCCAUCACUGCUUACGUUAUGAUACUCCUCACCUCGCCAGACAGAUAGAAGUAUUCUGUGAAGAAUUAUUGGACUACCCCAUGCAUUCGAAUGGGCUCAUUGAUGAACCUAAAUGCCUAGCUGAUCUAGUUGAGGCUACUGUUGGAGCUGUUUUCAUUGACAGCAAUUUCUCCCUUGAUACUGUAUGGAAGGUGGUUAGUGAGAUUCUGAAGCCUAUGAUGGGUCAUGAAAUCGUAGAGAAGCAUCCAAUGGCUGAAUUGCUAGAGUUUUGUCAAAAGAACAGAUUGAAGAUUGAGCUUGUUAAGGACUUGGGAAAUAACAACAGCACAAAAAGGGUGGAUGUAUAUGUGGAAGACAAUUUGACUGGAACUGGAAUUCAUGAGGUUAAGAAAGAAAUUGCUAAGAACAGAGCUGCUAAAGCUGCAUUAGAUUAUGUUAACAUGAACAAAAGUACCUUAAUUGCUGAGACAAAUUCAACAACUUUUUCGUUUGUUGAAAGAACAAAUCCAGCUAUUGAAUCGUCGUAGUCUCAUUAGCCUCAGGGCGAAAUUCAGAAGGGUUAUGUGCCUCCAGUGGGCCCAACUCACUGUGCUUAAAUCACUUUAAGUUGGGCCCAAAAGGGGCAAGUGCCUCUCAGUAAGAAUGUCUAAAUGUUUGGUUCUCUGAUCCAGUUAUUUACUCUUUGUUGAUUAAGUUACACUCAACAUGUAUGCGUCAUACCGUCAAUGUUUACCCUCACUUCUUUAUCA